AUGACGACCAUUCGCAUUAUGAAACGGACACGAAUUGGACAAUGGAACGUGAGGACUUUAAUGGAACCAACCAGACUGGCGCAGUUUGAAGGAGAAAUGGAGAAAAUGCAGAUCGCAAUUGCAGGCAUCAGUGAAAUGAGAUGGAGAGGGAAUGGGACAACAACAACAUCAACUGGCAACCUAGUGAUGCACAGCGGGAGCAAUGAUGGUGGCAGGAAUGGAGUAGGAAUUUACGUGUCCAAACAGUUCAAGCAGACACUAAUCUCCUGGAGCCCAAUAUCCGACAGAAUCAUCAGUGCCAGAUUCCGAUGCAAUGCUAGGCACAUCACCAUCGUACAGUGCUAUGCCCCAACAGAAGACGCCAGCGAUGACAUCAAAGAUGACUUCUACAACGCCCUCACAUCUUCACUCACCAGGAUUGGAAGAGGAGACGUCAAAAUACUCAUGGGAGACUUUAACGCAAAAAUUGGCCCCAACAACAAUGGACUAGAAACAAUAAUGGGAAAACAUGGUGUUGGCUCACGCAGCAACAACGGUGAUAGACUUAUCGACUUGUGCCAAACAUUCCAACUGGUCAUUGGUGGCACUGUAUUUCCACACAAGGAAGUCCAUAAAUACACAUGGACAUCUCCAAAUGGGCAUACACGCAACCAAAUUGACCACAUCUGCAUAAGUAAGAAAUUGACCACAUCUGAAAUGGCAACAACGCUACGUGAGCAACUAGGGCCGCAGCAGGAGGAGCACUCAUGGGAGUUGACAUGCAGAAUACUGAGAAGCACAGCGGAGGAGGUGCUUGGCACCCGACAACGCAGACAAGUGGAGUGGAUAUCGACACACACAUGGGACCUUAUCAACAGACGGAACAGCCUCAAAUCUAGAGCGGAUCACGACUGCAGAGUUCGAGGUGAAUACAACGAGCUAUGCAAGUUGGUGAAAAAAUCUGCUAGAAAUGAUAAGAGGAAAUUACUGGACAGGCUUGCUGAAAACGCAGAAAGCGCAGCAAACGCAAACAAUAUGCGUGCACUGUACCAGAUAAUUGGACAACUAUCCGGAAAAUGUCAAAGGCAAACCCAUCCAGUGCGAGAUUCAACCGGAAAACUCCUUACAGAAGAGGAGGCACAAAUCCAAAGAUGGCGACAACACUUCAUGGAGAUCAGCUGCACAGAACAACCAAGCAGCAUACAAGAAGACUCCUUAAGUGGCAUGUCAAGCAAUAACAUCAGGAUAUCACCCACCGCACCAUCAGUUAGAGAAAUCAAGGAAGCAAUCAGGAAACUUAAAACAACAAGGCGGCUGGAGAUGACGGCAUAUCGGCCGAGCUUCUCCAGAUAG